AUGACCACCCACUCCCACGACAACGGACCUUCCCACUCGCACGACCACGCGAACGGCGAACCUCAUGGCCACACACAUGAAAUCUACAACGGACCGGGCUCCUUCCUGCACCGGGAGAUGCCCAUUGUGGAGGGUCGUGACUUCCGCGACAGGGCCUUCACAGUUGGCAUAGGCGGGCCCGUCGGCAGCGGCAAAACUGCUCUCAUGCUGGAACUCUGCCUCGCCCUCCGCAAGGAGUAUAACAUUGCGGCCGUGACGAAUGACAUAUUCACGCGAGAAGACGCCGAGUUUUUGACCAAGCACGGCGCACUGACACCAGAGAGGAUCGUCGCCAUCGAGACGGGAGGGUGUCCGCACGCGGCGGUCCGCGAAGAUAUCAGCGCGAACUUACUCGCAUUGCAGGGCCUGCACGCGAAAUUCCAGACAGAUAUACUGCUCAUCGAGAGCGGCGGGGAUAAUUUGGCGGCAAACUACUCGCGCGAACUGGCGGACUUCAUCAUCUACGUCAUUGACGUUGCUGGCGGGGAUAAGGUGCCGAGGAAGGGCGGGCCAGGCAUCACAGGCUCGGACCUGUUGGUUAUCAACAAAUGCGACCUGGCCGAGGCGGUCGGUGCGGAUGUAGACCUGAUGGAGAGAGAGGCGAACAAGAUUCGAGAGGGCGGACCCGUGGUGAGGGCGGUGAUCAAGAAUGGCGUGGGUGUGCGGGACACGGUGGAGAUGAUUCUCAGUGCGUGGAGGAGUACGGCUGGGUAUGCGGUCAGUCGGACCAGGUGGGAAGCGGGCCAUGUUAGAGGGAGUGGUGAGCAGCCGACGGUGAAUCGAUGA